GCACACACGGAGCACCAAAAUAAACUCACUGAAACAACAUGGCUGGAAAACCAAAGAAAAAAGAAGAAGAAGAUGACGGGGACAGCAAAAAAGAAGAAAAGAAAACUAAAAAGAAGGGAAAAAAUAAAGGGAAAUGUAAUGUGGAUAUGCUGACAGAAGCUGCGAUGAAUAAUGUCUACUACGCCUGUCAUAAUGUUCAGGAGCUGCUUCAGGCGAGAGGAUUCCAUCCACCUGACUUUGUCAAGAAGAAAAAGAAGCGAUAGAGAUUUUUUUCCAGAAGAGAAGUUUAUGUUGUAGUGGUUAGAAGAUUCUUGAAGAAAUGUGGUGUAUUGUUAAUGUGCUAGAGUUGUGUAUACG